UUUUGUACAGUAAACGGCGGUUGGUCUCAAUGGCAAGCCUGGGGACCUUGCUCUAGAACUUGUGGUAUUGGAUCGCAGGCAAGAAGUAGAACGUGUACAAGUCCUCCUCCCAAUAACGGAGGUGCAAGCUGUCCUGGUCAAAACGUCCAGACUAGAAGAUGCGGUUCCAACAACUGCCCGGGUUUGUUUAAAUGCGUGAUUUUGUUUCCUACAUGAGCGUGUUACCCCAAAAGUGGCAAAAUUGGCUGUAGUCAGCUUUUUCAAGCUCUAACAAAAAUGCAAGUAGUAAUCGCACUUUCUAACCAAUUGAAUGCACCGAAAAUAAGAAUGAUUCCCCCACCUCCUCCUUCCCCCAAAUGUAGCAGUAAUGAAAAGAAAAAACAUAUAGUAGGUUUUACCAUCCUUUUCAGUGGCUGUUGCAUUGACAUGGCUAGACCCUUUGCUGGCAGUUUAAACAUCACGGUCAAAAUUCACCUACAUGAGACGGGUACCUCCCAAAAACGGACAACGUGAGAUAGUCUCUGCAGACUUUCAGUCAUUUUCUACGCCCCUCUUUAAAGCGGAAUAGUUCAUGGACGGGACAAAUGAUGUCUGUCCCGAAGAUGUUCAUAUGCUAUUUUACGCAAACUGAGACACUUUUUGUAUUAGUGAAUGGUCGAUGGUCGGCUUGGCUUUCCUGGGGUGCAUGCAGUAGAACUUGUGGGGGAGGAGCGCAGCGAAGAUCGAGAACUUGUACCAAUCCGCCGCCAAGAAAUGGGGGUGCCGCUUGUUCUGGAGGGAGAUUUCAAACACGACAAUGCAAUUCAAUUGGCUGCCCAGGUACAUUCUUAAUCGUAAACACAGUUCAAGAGAGUAUCAUGCUCCAUACUAACUUAAGCAGAAAGCGCUUAUCAUCUCCGUUCAUCAAACCCUUUUGUAGCCUGAGAGAAGAGUCGACAUUUCCCGACGCCAUCACUGGUUUCCCUACGACAUGACGUCCGACAAACGGACGCAGCAAUUCCAUACGGAUGACGCGUCACUACCCAGAUCUGGGGAGUGGUUCUGUUUGGCUGAAGCAAAUUUCCCACCCGGAUCGAACAAUCAGAAGCACUACACGGAUCUGGGUAGUGACCCGUCAUCAGUGAGGAAUUUCUUCGCUAACCGUAUCUCGGACGACAUCACGCAAGGAAAUCCAGUAGUGCCGCGUCUGGAAAUGUUGGCUGUUUUCUCGCGCUAACACUCUCUUGUUUAAACUGGUUCUGAAAACGUGCCUAACAUAAGUUUAAGCGCGUGGAUUAUGGGCUUAUCUGAUUUUCAUUCAUUUUUUGAUCUGUGAUCUAUACACGGUGAAAUUCAAGAUUCCAUGCAGUAAUUGUAUUUAUUCGGUCCCAAGUCAUCAAAAGUUCAACGAAUAUUAAGUGCAUCGUGAUGACACAAUUCUUUGAUAUCUCCACAAGGUUGCGUGGAAGGAAGCACGACAUUAGACAGAUGUGGACAGCGUUGCAGAUGCUCAGGUGGCCGGCUUAUCGACUGUACUCGAAUUCGGCGAGAGUUCACAACCAUGACGACGGGCGAUAGGGAAAAGUACAUCAGAGCAGUUGUCACUGCAUCGACUGACUCCAGGUACAAAGCGGACUAUGACCGACUUAUUACACUACACAAAACCAUAUUCAAUUCAGGCAUUCACGGAAGAGACCAUUUUUUACCAUGGCAUCGUUGGUUUGUCCUACAGUACGAAAACAUUCUCCGCCGUGUUGACUGUCAAGUAACGGUACCUUUCUGGGACUGGAGCUUGGUCCCACGGACAUGGCGAAAUACAGGUGUGUGUUAUUGUUUUCAAAAUAAUUUCAUUUACUCUAAAAUUUCUGAAAGGUUUUUGUUUCUGCGGAUGGUUCCAUAAACAAAGAGCGCAAUAAAGAGCGUUAACAGAAACUCACACUUAACAGUAGCUUACGAAAUUGUUUCCGCGACAACGGAAAAGACCAGGGCCUUUUUUUUAAAGAAUUCAACUUCUGAUUACACGAAAAAGACGUUUUCUAACGAAUGUGUGCAAGUUUACCUUAUCAUUUUCAUUCCUGAAGAAAACAUAUUGGUUAAAAUCGAGAAAACGUACUGUCACGACAAAGCUAUUUUUCUACGUAACACUUUUGCAGGUCCGUCUUCCAUUUGGUUCGGUGGGAACAGUGGUUUUGGUGGAAGUGGGGAACAGGCAGCCACGCGAUGUGUGAGAGAUGGUCCCUUUAGGCGAGGAGUGUGGAAUGUGGUACCAUCUGCCGAUCAAAAUGGAUGUCUUCGUCGCCAGUUUAACCAAAGUGAAAAUGCCCCCAAUUCCAUCGCAGUGGCAGCUAUGCUAAGAUUUGGGCCUUCAUCCUUCUUUGACUUUGAACUAACCUUGCGAGUUUUUCUACAUGAUCCUAUUCACUGUCUUAUUGGAGGUACAUUUUCUUCAACGUGUAGAUACUAUCACGGUUGCAUCUUUUGGAAACUAAAUUUCUAAUACCUUAUUGGUACUUAAUUUUGCGGUUUUCGCGACUGUAAAAAAAUCGCGAAAUUUAAAACACCCGACAUUGAAUACCCAUAUAGGAAAUUCAAAUCACAUACACACACAAAAAUAAUGUUGAGAACGUUUAAUGUAUUGUGAAAAUCAAUGCCCUAUUUUAAAAUUUGCCUAUUGCAAUCGCGAAAAUAAAGCCGCGGCAAAUGCUCUCGCCAAAAUCGCGAAGUACCCGCGACGAUAACUACCAAAAAGAUGUUGUGGCUGCCUCGAUUAGGAAAUGACUUGAAAAAAAAAAUUCUUAAAAUACCCACAGCACCAAACUCCCAAAUUCACACGAAAUUAGCUGACUGAGUGUUCCCAACACUCAUGUUUAGAUUUGUCCACCCUUGCAAAGGCUUUCUUCGAUUUCUCUUUUUCCUCCUUUAAUUUUGAGGGAAAUCAAUUUGUUUGAGGAAAAAUGACAAAAAUCCUCAGGGUCCAGGGAAAUCCCUACUUGUCUCUUGUUUUUUCCGUGCUAAAUCUUAUCUUCAUAAAUAUUUUUUAGAGACGUUUCUUGUUUUCCUGCGUGUUUGUGUUCUAUGUCCCAUUUGCGUCCUUCGACAUAAUUUGCUCUCCUAAGUCGUAUUUUUUUUCCCAUCCCAAUUUAGUUUUACAUAACUUUCGUUUCUUUAGCUCGUAUGGGAAAAAUAAUAAGGUUGUUGUUGUUACCCAUUAGGCCAUAUGUGUACUUUCGAUUCAGCCGUCGCCCCAGAGUUUGCCCUUCAUCACAGUUUCGUUGACAAGAUCUGGAUGGACUGGCAAAGGCAAAGUAAUGCUCAUUUGAACGCUCACUUUCCUGGAGUAGCCAACAACAUGACUGGCACGGAAAAUCUUCAUCCUAGAGAUGUAUUGGAUAAUUCUCGAUUACCCGGGGGCGUGAGGGUGGAGUAUCAAACCUCACGGAGACCGCAGUUCCUAGGUGCUCUGCGGCACACAGGAGGUAUGACCUGCAUUGACUUAACCAACUAUUUGGCCAUCAGCACCGAAACCAAUAAAAUCAUUUUAAGAUGUUUCAAACUGACCCGGGCCCCCACCAUAUUUAUUCGCAUUUUGCACAUUUCUCAUAAUACACCUUCUUUGCCCCCUUCCCCCCCCUCCAAAUUUGACAUAAUAAUUGUUUUUAAUUUCUCUUAGGACGACUUACAAUGCCCAGGAGAAAUGAAAAACAACGGCUAUACGCCACUUGCACAUCUCCCAUAAUGCAUCUCAUUUGCCCCCAAAAUUUUGCAUAAGCAUUGUUUUCAAUUUCUCCUAGGAUGGCUGUAAUACCCAGGAAAAAUGAAAAACAAAGGUUAUGCUAAAUUUUGGGGCGCAACUAAGGUGCAUUAUUGGAGAUGUGCAAACAGCGUAUUCAAACAGUUUGGGGGAAAGCAUGUUGGGGACUGGAAGAGAUCUGAAUGUGCUACUGCAAACAAACACGAAAAUAGUAUUCCAAAUACUCAUUAGAUGACAAAUUCGAUCCGUAAUUGAGACAAAAAUGAACAAAAGUAAAGAACCUAGAUCCACCACUUUUUUGGACUCCGCGAAUAUUAACCUAAAUCAAUGGUCAUCGAGAACAUGACCUAAACCAAUUAGGAUAUUGGGUAAAGAAAUUAGAAAAAAACUUGCUUCUAACAGCUUCCUUACUUUGGUAUCGCUCCACGUAAGGUAAUUCAAGACAGUAUUGGAUUUACGGAUUCCACACUGUGGAUUCCGGAAAUUAGUACUGCAUUCUGGAUUCCUUGUCUGUAGAAUUCCAAUUCUGGAAUCCAAUCGUCAGCAUGAUUCCGGAUUCCUUGAGCUGAAUUCCAGAUUUCAAAAGGCAAGGAUUCCAGAUUCCGUAAGCAGAAGGAAUCCGCAUUACCUUACAUGGGGUGAUUGAUAGAAAAGCUAAACUGGCAAAGGCCAUAACACGUCGACUGCUUAGUGAAUUACAGCUGACAACAGUCUCUCGUUCAUUUCAGGCCAGACCAGAAACGCAAUGAACGAAUUACCUGGCGGGAGCUUCUCAGUACUAAGCGAGAAAGCCAUUAGGCUUUUUAACGUGUCAAAAGCUGAAGUAGAAAAAGCAAGACGGUUGGGUAGAAGACUUCUUUCUCAUCAUCUACUCAGUAAUGGAGACGCUUCAGGAGACAAUUAGAAAUCUGUUACCUCGCAAGCCAAAUAUUAUUAUUAAUAUUAUUAUAACUAUGAUAAUAUAAUUACAAUUAUAUUUAUUAUUAUUAUUAUUAUUAUUAUUAUAAAUUAUUAUUAUUAUUACCAUUAUUAUUAUUAUCAUUAAUAAUUUUUGUCCACCAGAAUAUCUUGCCUUACACAUCAGUAUAGAUGUUUAGAUCAAAUUCGUAAUUUGCGCUUAGUAAUAUUUACGCUUUAUCAAUAUAUCUUACAUUGCCAUGACGAGGAAUUUUGAUCAAAAUAAUGUAAUCUUUAUGUUUUCUUUUGAAAGCAAUGCCGUUUGUCCUUGUUGUCGCUGUUGUUUGUAUAAAGUAG